CUGUCGGACAGUGCCGGGGGCCGUGGAUGGCCCCGAGAGCCCGAAGACUGCGCAGAGCAUCAAGACCCAGUUCCCUCAGGGCCCGUUUCCCCGCGAUGGCGGGAGCUGGAGAGCGGAGGAAGGGACCCCCCAAGAGAGCAGAGGUGCAAGAAGCAGGCAGGAAAUCGAGACCCAGCGGCGCCGAGAGGGAGGGGGUGGCUCAGGCGGAGGGGCAGGAGGAAAAGGAGGAGGAGGAGGAGGAGGAAAGGAGAACCCGACGCUGCCUCGCUCGAUCCUCCCAGAGGGCGGCGGCAAGCGGCCGCGCGCUCGCACGAGGGAGGCCCCGCCUCUGCCGGCCCGCUCCCGCUGCUGCUGCUGCCCUCCAUGGCGCGUCGCUGCUGGCGGCCCGUGCGCUGGAGGCACCCGCAAACCAUAGCCACGAGGGGGGGAGGAGGGGGCCGGCGGAGGUAGCAAGACGAAAUUUGAGGCGGCAGCUCGUGCCAGCCUCCCAUCCCAUGCGGCUUGCCGAGCAGUCGUGAUGGCUGAGACCAACGGAAGGAAAAGGGGAUCUGGCGAAAGCAGAGCCGGGCCAAAGCAACCAAAGGAGGUUCCUGGCAUCAUAGGCGAGACUGUAGCCUGAUCGCAGAUCCGUGAAGUCCUAGGGCGCCCUGGUCAACGCUCGAUGGAUCAGCGGACCGCAAUCCAAGAUCGAGCUUCCAACCCAUCC